CAGUGACGUCAUCGGCGAGCGCCUGUGCUGGCCUUCGAAAUGGGCUCGACUGCUGAGCCCUGAUUUCUGCUGUUUCUCCCCCAGCUCGUCGACUUCAUUUUCUCCAUGAGGGGACGUCCGAGCGCGAUGACAUGUGGAGGUGAAUUGGCAGACAAGGGCAGCCAGGUGAUUUCUGAACUGGUUCCUGUGCCGGCGGACUGGCCUGCAGUUCCUGUCGGUUCCUGUGCAGUACAGUAAAGCAACUUGCCCAGUCAGACGAUCACAAUGAAACCAGCUCAGGAGCGGAACCAGGAGUCCCUGCCUCCAAAGAAGAGGGACCUCCCACCUAGUAACAGUGGAGGUGGAUCUGGAGCGAGCGGGGGGGCUGGGGCUACAGCUGGAAGUGGGGCUACAGGUGGAAGUGGUGCAGGUGGUGCCGGUGGUACAGGUGGUACAGGUGGGGGUAUUGGAGAAGAUGAAGUGGUUUCCAUCCAGAACUCUGCAGCCAACAGUGACACUCAGGGAGGGAACCCAUCUGCAGAGUGGCUGCGAGCUCAGCAAGGACAUCAUUAUGGAAUGGAUAAUUCUGAUGGCAUACCAGCAGUCCCGGUUGACCAGUACAGCAUGCUCUACAAAGUGGCUCUUCCGUCUGUUACCUACUCGCCUACCAGUCUUCACCCAGUGUUAAGCCACAUCUCUCCAGCCUACACUGUUCAUUCUCCUUUCCUGCAGCAACCAGGACUGUCCUAUCCUCCUAUGGGUUACACCCAGAUCCCUCACUCCUCUCUGCAGUUUGUUAGUUCCCCCUACGCAGCGGUACCUUAUGCUCUCCCCCCUGGCUUUGUCCCGGGAUCGUUGAUCUCUCCUUCAGGCACCAUCUCUCAGUCCCAUCUGGUUCCCUAUCCAUCUGUCAUACAGGAAGGGGUUGUUUCCCCACCUCCCCAGGCCCAGGUAGCUGCUCAUACAUUUGCCAAAGUUGCAGCAUCCAGUGGUGUCCCGAUGAUGCUGCAGUCCGAGCAAGCUGCCCAGCAGCACCUCAGUGCUGUGGGGGUCCUGCCCGCAGCCGAGCUCAGCUCCCGAGGGAUGCCAGUCUACUACCACCCUCAGGGCGCCAGGGCUGCCAUUGCCAUCCGAGACCUCCACAGUGCCCAGCAGGAGAAUGAACCAGAGAUGAAUGGAAGGGAUAAAGAGCAGAUAGCCCGGGAGGUUGCACUGGACUCGGCCUACGCUGCCAGAAAUGUACGUCUGCUGCAGGUAGCACCGAUCACUGCCGCACAGGAGCACAUCCAGGACCGAGGUCUGCAGAACCGAAGGCUGGAGGAGAGGAGCUCACCUGGCCAGCGCAGCACUCCAGACAGUGACCUGGAGGUGCAGCAGGUGGUUGGUCGUUUGAUUUCCUCUAACCAAGGUGGAAGUGGCGUGAGGAAAGAGGUCUCCUUCGCUCCCCUGAACCUCUCCCAGGGUCACCAGAGAUCCAGAGAGAUCCAUGGAGAGAGCCCGGGCAUCAAUUUCAGCCGGGCGGCAUACGCGGUGCAGGCGAGUUACAGUGACCCCAGGGUGACCGGUCUCCAGCAGCAAACAGGACAGCAUGCUGUUGUGCUUGCUAAUGGGCAGCCAGUUCUUAUUCCCCUGGAGUAUCACCUGCAGCAUCAUCCCCAAGCACCCCAGCAACACUACCCAGAACUGGUUAAUGAUGCCCCGGCCAGCCAUGCCUCAACCAUCAUCUCCUCUUUCAACCCAAACUUUAAAGCCUCCGAUUCUUCAGCCAGAGUGUGCCUCUCUGAAAAGGCGGAGCCGCCCCCAGCUCAGCAGCAGCUUGCCCAUCAUCCUCCUGUCCAGCCUUCAGCAGAUAUAACUCAGGCCUUAGCUUCAAGCCUCGCUCCCGCCGCCACUCCCAGCAGCCCGUCGCACUUCAUGAAGGGCGCCAUUAUCCAGCUGGCCACUGGGGAACUGAAGCGUGUGGAGGACCUGCAGACUCAGGACUUUGUGCGGAGUGCGGAGGUGAGUGGGGGGCUUAAGAUUGACUCCAGCAUGGUGGUGGACAUCCGAGCCAGCCAGCAGAGAGCAGGUCUAGUGUCGCUUCACUUCACUGUUGGUGAGCAGCAGAGCAAAGUGACCAUCGACGUGCCUCCGGAGCACCCCUUCUUUGUGUUCGGGCAGGGCUGGUCGUCCUGCAGCCCUGAGCGCACGGCCCAGCUUUACGGCCUGGCCUGCCAUCAUCUGCAAGUGGGAGAUGUGUGUGUGUCCAUCACCCUGCAGCAGCAGCAGCAGCUUCAGCCCCAGCAGCAGAAACAACCACAGCACAAUCAUUCGCAGCAGCAGCAACAACAACAACAACAACAACAACAACAACAACAGCAGCAGCAGCAGCAGCAGAACCUGUCCAGGACUUUGAGCAAAACUAACGCCACAUCAGGACUUAGUCACCAGCUCAUGGGGCCUCCUGCUCCCCAGCAGUCACGGCCUCAGUCUCAUUUCAGGAUAGACCGCAUCCACAGAGAAAGACAGAGGGAUGGGGAGAAAGACACGGCUGAUAAGGAGGAAGCAACAUAUUUGGGGGUUAUUGGCCACACUGAGUCGCACAUCCGACCGAGCAGGACCUCAGCAGAGCAUCCGAGGAGCCAGAGCAGUUACCACUUGCACACAGAAGGCUCUACUUUUGCAGGGGCGGGGACGGGAGCAAUGCAUCCUUCGCUCGGUGCCUCACAGAGACGCUGGUCCUCGCCUGGCCUCCAAAGAUUCAGUAUGAAGGGAGAUGAAGGGCCACGCCCUCAGAUAAGCAACUCCGGCCACAUAAGACCCUCGUUCAUCCCCCAGGAGGUCAAACUGUCCAUAGAGGGGCGCUCUAAUGCAGGGAAGUAGCAUCACGUUUGGUAGCAAAUAUAGAAGAGACUGCCAUCAGUAAGAAUGAGUCUGACGAGGAGAGAAAGAGGAAACAGAGUGUGAAUGUAGCCUCAGAAUGUUUGAGAUUUUGCACACCUAAAAUAUACAAAAAAUACAAGAUCUUUCUGUCUGGUGAGAAGUUCUGGUUUGUUUUGGUUGUCACUCGGCCAAAAGGAUCGGAGCCAGUGCUUUCCCAGCCAGCUGAGGGCUGAUGGGAACAUGAGAAGCUGAGUCGAAAGUAUGUAGCUGAUGAAAUGCCUACCAUAGUCCGCACACACUGCAUUUCUCUUCCUCCCUCCCUCCUUUGUCGCCACUUCCUCAUACCCACGUUUGGAGGUUCCCAUCGCAUUCAAAACGGUCUCGCUUCCUUUUUGACCAAACUGUCUCUUUGGAAGACGACGGACUACAGAGAAUGUGUUAUUAGCACAGUAAAGCUACCGACUCUGCAAAGAUCACAGCCAGGGAUCUUUGAAAUCUCCAUUCCCAGGAUCCCGUUUACUUCAAAAGCAUUUACCCAAAAAAGAAAAAGAGUGGAGUUGCUCCUCUGGUGAUGUCUGCACUGUUGACGCUAACUGUCAGUGUGUGUUACAUUAUGCUUCUCCGACAGGAGUCUGAAACCUCUGCUGUCAGCAGAGAUUCUUUCUCCCCCCCCCCCCUUCCUCUUCAGGAGGCGGGUUUGCAAGGAAUGGGAUUCUCUCUCAGGCCUCAAGCGCAGCAUGUCCUGCUUGUCUUACAAUCGAAAUAAUGAUAAAUCAAUCAAUCAUGUCUUGUCUAUACUGCAAUCAGUGUCAACUCCAAAAAAAGAUGAGCUUUUAUAGCAUACUCUGGUUUAGAUGGAGGGCCUUUUCGAGUGUGUUUGUUUGCAUGAACGCCGCGGAUUGAAAUUUGCUUUUAUUGGGAAUUAGAAAUGUUUUGCAUUCCAGCAUCAUCCCUGAGUACAUCCAUUAUUUACCAUAUUCACCCUCAUUCAGAAUCAUGCCCCCCCCCCCCCCCACCUCAUGAUAACUUACCAAAGCCAUCUGCAGGAGUGACCUCACCCUGUCACAUCACUGGCUGCAGCCAACUUCAGCCUGAGCCCUGCAUGAAGAGGACUCUUCGUCCUCACCAUGAGCUCCUCUUGCUCAGUUAACAAAAUGAAAGCAAUAGUUAUUUUACAGCUUGUGGCUUUACCGCCCUCUAAUCCUUUGGUUCUAUAUUUCUAAACAUCAGAGGUGUGAGUCCCUCCUGACCCUCUUUUAACCCAGACUGUAAAAGCUGAUGCACUAUUCAUUUUUAUUGAUUCGUCAGUAGUUCUAAAUCCUCUGACGGAUUCCUUCAGAAAUCUUUGUAGAUAAACCUGCUCGUCUCCGAUUUUCCAUCUCACCUAUGCUCUUUUGUUUUCCCAUCUUCUCUUCUGUCUCUUUGUUUUGAACAUUUAACAUCCUUCACUUUUUGUACCAGGAUUUCUUAUCCAGUGUAUCUUACGAUUGUCUUGUGUUGCACAUAGAAAAUGUCACUCAUUGAUUUCACACUGACCUUGUUAAUAGGAAUCACAGCACAGUAGGCGUUUUGUUUUUUUAAUGAAGGGAAUAUGUUUGAAGUAAUAUUGUUUUGUGGUGUGUGUGUGUGUGUGUGCAUGAGAGAAAGAAAGACAGACAACUGAUGUGCAUUUUCUCUGUUUACAAAGUAGCCAAGAUGAAUGCUGCAGUUUCCUCCUCCUGACGUGUCCUUGUCACUCGAAAGAUCUAAAAAGGGUGAAACAGAAAAUAAGUGCAAUUAGACCCCACAUAAAAUCAUUCAGAGGUUAAUGAUCAGAUAGCAUUCCUCACGCGGACAUUCCCAUCGCAAAAUAGAAAUCACACACUUCUCUUGUUUUCUGUCAUCGUUCUUAAAACCUUUGUCUUUCCCGCUUGAAAGUCGUGUGCGACUAAUGUGUUGUACUAGAUUGUUCAUCAGCCUCAGACACUGUUGUGUACGUCUGUUUCUCUCUGAAGCGGCCGUGGUUCCCUGAGUAGAAACACCCUGACCCUCUGUCAGCAGAUGGAGGCGCCAUGAGGUGACGUACCAGACGGGGUAACCUGAACCGGCCCCGGUAGACUCUCCUCCUCUGGUGCUGCUACUACGAGCAGCUUUUAAGAGAUAGCUCAACAUUUUUCCAGUUCUGUUUUAAAGCAGUUCUCACAUGCCCAUAAAGACUCAGUGCUCGCUGUAAACAUUCCUCCUGCGCUCAGUGGCUGCGUAAAGAUUCCUUCCUGAUGUUAUUCCAGUAAUAAGCGAUUUGGGACUAAACCAGCUUUCAUGUUUUUGUUUGGCAAAGCACUUAAUAUGAGACCGAAGCAGUCGCAGACGAUUCGAUCUUCCAAUGUUAUCAGGAAUACGAAAUUCACUCUUUAAUUUACUGCCCCUGUGCUGCAGCUCAGCAAGGAAGCAGAAUUUUAUAUUCAAACUGGAGUGGCAAUUAGGUAAGUGAACAUAUCCGGCCAAGCCAAAAAAUGCCCCAGUACAUUAAAUCUAACUGCGGCAAAUUUCACACACUCGUAGAAAUCACUCCUAAGAGGAAAAACUAAUGAUUUAGUGUUUCAUCGAAUAGUGAAAAUGCAAAAAACAUCAAAAAGCCCCAUUUUUCAAUGUUGAAAAGAGGAGAAAAACAUUCCUGAUAUGCCCCUUUGUAUGGAGCACUGCCAACAUGUCAGUGGCUGCUUCUUUACCCACGUCCCAUCCAUCCAUCAAUUUAGGUGGAAAUCUGAUGAGUAGUGUUUGUGUGAUCCUGCUGACGUUAAAAAACCAAUGUAGUUACUUCCUUCAGAUGAUUCACACACGUGACUUCUUGAAGUACUCCUGCUUAUAUUUCUGAUCAGAUACAGAUCAACUGUCGAUGGGUUUACUCACAGAAUUCAGACUUUAAGGGUUUUUGUGCUUCUCCCCAUCACUUAAACUGGAAUCCCAUUUGGAAUAGAUCCCUAAAAGGCCAAUGUGAAGAAGAGGAACGUUUACAAUGACAAAUAAUUCUAUAAAUGAACUUAAAGACCAACUAUUGUUUUGGUCAAAUCAAAGUGAAACAUUUGAACUUUAAAAUAUUUUUGAAACGGUUUUAAAAAUCUUACAAUCGAAAGCUCAGCCUGUAGAAUUUCUUAUUUUGUCAUGCUUUAAGCAAUAUGCAUAAACCUGAAAUCAUUUCAUGUAGUCUUGGCUUGUUCUAUGCAGUAACCUCAGUGUUGUACCCGUCAUUGUCUUAAGUACAGCUCUUUGAAGCUGUAGGGCAGGUUGCCACAUGCAGUCAUUUCCCGCUAAUGUCUGGUUAUAGGAUUUUUACUUUAAACGACUUUUCUUAAAUAGGAAUAUAAACCAGUGUUUAGUUUGUGUGUUUGUGUACUCAGCGUUGUGUUGGUCCAACUGCCAAGCCACUUCAACAUCGUAUUACUAGGUCAAGAUGCAUUUAAUGGGAUUCAAACGGUGCAAAGCAGUGCCUCCUGUGACUUUACCUCCUGAUAAUUCUCACCGCAAAACCAUGGUGUGCAGCCAUGAGCCCUCUGCUUCGAGCAGCGUGUGCUCGACUUCUACAAAGAUGUCCAGGGAAGCUUCUUUACAUCUCUGGUAGUCUGUCGCUGUCUGUAAUUGCACUAAACUACCCUCCUUCACAGUGUUUUUAAAACUGAAAAACAGAUUGAAGAUUUUCCAAAUGAAAAGCACACAAAAUCAUGGAGAAAUCACCGGUUGUGUGUUUCUGUAGAUAGACGUGUUUUUUUUUGUAUAGUUUGGAUGAUGCUUGUCAAUAAUGCCUUAAAUUCUGCUGUGUACUAUGUGUGAAAUUGAAAUAAUGCUUCUGGUAGACUCGGCGUUCCCCUUUCAGGCUCCACACCUUUCAUGUUUCUCAGUGGAAACUCUUAUUCAGAUGUCUCAAAGGGCGACAGGGAAUCUUGUUUGGUCCCAAGAUGAUUCAACAAUGAGGUCUGCAACUUUUUGUUCAUGUGUUUGGGUUUCCUCCUCCUUUUUUUUUUUUUUUUUUUUUUUUCAUUUUCUGUUCUGUUUUCUGCUAUGUUUGAUUUUUUUCAUACACUCUAGAUACUUUUAACAUUUAGUUUCUAGUUUUCAGUGUGUGCAAGUGAAGUAAAUGGAAGCUCUCCUUUGCACUUUUUACAAGACGAUGCCGAGAGAGUCAGCAACGGAGUGCAGUCCAUUAAUUACACACACACAUGCACAUUAGUUGUUUUUAAUUGUUGCACAAGCUCUGUAGUUUUUUUUUAUUUUAAUUUUAUCCCUGGAAUUAAUGGAUUGUGUUUGGUGUCAUGUGUUUUGUCCGACAGUCACUGGACGGCAGAGGGUUGGGUUUUAAUUCAGCGACAGGCCGGCUGCAUAAAUCCGAUAUGUAGCGUUCACUUGUUGGUAAUGUGAUGGUUUUCUAAUGUUUUCGUGACGUUUGACCCAGUAUCUGAACUGGGAAAGGUGAAUUUAGGACGGUUAUGUUGUCUCUGAUGUCGAAUUUCAAAUCAGGAGAAUCGAACGGUUUAAAGUUUUAAAGAAGUCUGCAUUUUCAGAUUUGACAUUGUACUUUUUGUUGGCACAAAGUGACACUGCUUUUUAUGUGAUGUGUAACUAUUGAAAAACGAAACAAACAAAAAAAACAGCAUCCUUUUUUCUCUUUUUUUUUUCUAAAUGCCUAAAUCUGCAAAAUAUAUGCAAUGAUGUAUGUGUAACAUUCAAUCCUCAAGUAUAAUCCAGGUUGUAUGAACUUUGUAUAGUGAGUUUUAAUAUCGUAUGGCCGUACCAAUAUGUAUUGAUCUUUAUCAGAAGCCUUAGAAUUGUCGACCCAAAGUGCUCCCUUAGAAUACCCCUCACCUACCUGACUUUAACAAAGCAUUAAUAUCUCUAUUUUGUUGCAUUUUUAUUUGUACCCUUUUUGAAUAAAAUAGAUUUGUACUGUA